CUAUAGCGAAUGUUUUUGUGUUCGCAACUACCGAGCUCAGCUUUUGUCUGUAUAUUGUUCAUGAGAUGUCAACUUACCCCCGUUACUAAGCAACGUCAAAGUGUUUCGGUCAGAGAUGGAGAUGGCGAGAUAAAAAAUGCCACCAUAUAGAGUCAGGAAUAUAAAAUACUUGUGCUUCCUUGCAUUUUUCAUUGUAUUUGGAUUAUUGAUAAUAUAUUAUGUGCAUAAAGGAAUCUUAUGUCGGUCAAUAAGGAGUUAUUCUUCGUUGGGGAGAAAAGCCUACAGAGAGAACUGCAUGCUUCUCGGAAGAUUCCUCUAACCAUCAUGUACCCGAACUCUCCCGACCCUUUUGACCGUAAGCGGCUGUUCUCCGCCAGACAGAACUUGGCCGCCAGGCGGAGCCGGUGCAGAAUAUCUCCGUCUGAGAGCGAGUCUGCGCGCUCAACGGGGGACGUGUGGAGCAUCCAGCCGCCAGACUUCUCUCCCAAACUCUACACGUCCCUCUCAGAUCCCGGGAGGGACAGAAGAUUGUCCCGACGUUCUCAAGCCCGGUCCUCCCUCGACUCAGGCCGUACCCGUGGACGAGAUGUCUCCACGGUUUUGCACGUGAAGCGCGUUGUAGCGGAGGCGUUAGGGGGUGAGACCCACGGCCGGAGGGAGAACAGGAGGUUCAUCACGUCCUACAAACCGCCGGAUCCUCUUGAAGAGGAGCUGAUGUUUGUCAAACUGGGGAAGUUCCCGCCUUCAGGUCCUUACAGGAACCCCCGACCGCACGACUUCCGACCGCAGGACGACGACCUUCCAAACAUGGCCGCUGUGACCAAGAAGGACCCCGGCGACCUGGAGUUUAAACUGAACCACCGCGACAUCUUGAGGACUACCGGGUCCGAGUCCGACCGCACCUCUGGAGACCAGAUGAAGACCGUGCUGAAGAUGAACACCUACAGGGCAGUUGAACCAACAUGGGACCUGCGUCUUCUACUGCCCAGGACACAAUGGCCGCCCAGAUCAGCCUCCUUUACGAGACACCGACGGAGCCGAUCUGUGUACAGCGCCUUCAUGGAGCGAGUGGAGGAGAAGCUGUCGAGGUCCUGGACUCACAACCCGUAGAGACCACCCUGGCUAGCACCACUCUGGGCUUCCGAUGUAUCGACUCUGUAUGUUCUGUGACUGCAUUAACAGGCGUUUCUGUUUAGUUACCUGUGUCUGUAUGAACCCACAAACGGGCGGCAUGUGACUCGGGAGGUAGAGCGGGUCGGCUGGUAACCGGAAGGUUGCCAGUUCGAUUCCCGGCUCCGCCUAGCUGUGUGUCGAGGUGUCCCUGAGCGAGAAACCUCACCUGGACUGCAAUAUUGUAAGGCGCUUUGUGUGGCCACUGGUUAGAAAAGCGCUGUAUGAAUGCAGUUGAUUUGCCAUUAAGAAAUAAAAGGAAGCCAAUUACAGUUGACUGAAAUAAAAACUAUUUGGUUGUCCUA